CAGAUCAUCCAUCCUCCGCUUUAACAGAGCGCAUGAGGGGCAUCAGGCAGGACCCGAGCGGAAUUACCAAAUGCCAACUUAACGGAAUCACAAUGAAUUUGAACUACAUAUCCCAACCCACACAGGGACUUACUGGUUAUUGUAUUUCAUUAUUAUAUUUUUAAACAAUCACGCGUGAAUUCGCCCAGAUGUCGCCUGCUAUACUAGUUUAAUAUGCGGCCAAAAGCGAAUUAAGGAAUUUAGAAGAUGAUCGUAAGGAGGCUGCUUCACAUACUGCCUGUCUUCGCUCUGACACUUUUCAUCCUGGUUUUGCUGGAUUUGCAACUGCGCACCCGGAGUGACCAAAAACCCACCGCGUCUUUUGCGCACGAAAAGACACCAUCUAUAUCAAGAACUACGGCUGUGAACCAACACAGAGACGUUGUUAAUGAUAAACAAAGGCCAAAACUUCAGAAAUGGAGGGAGAUGAAGCCACAACCACCUUUAGGACUCACUGACAUCUUCAUUGCAGUGAAAACCACUGGCCGGUUCCACAAGACCCGCCUUGCUCUUCUUCUGGAGACCUGGAUCUCCACGACUAAACAUCACACAUACAUCUUUACAGACAGUCCAGAUGAAGACAUCUCCUCUGAAGGAUUUAACAUGAUCGUUACCGACUGCCCGCCGGAGCACAGCCAUCAAGCUUUAUCCUGCAAGAUGGCAGCCGAGUACGACCACUUCAUGGCUUCUGAAAAAAAGUGGUUGUGUCAUGUUGAUGAUGAUAACUACCUGAACCCUGGAGCCCUUCUGUCUCUCCUGAGGGCCUUCCCAGCGGACAGCGAUAUCUAUGUGGGAAAACCAAGCCUGGAUCGCCCAAUGAGGGCCCAGGAGCUGCUGGAGGGAAAUAAGACGAGGGACGUCCAUUUCUGGUUCGCUACAGGAGGGGCUGGUUUCUGUCUGAGCAGGAAGCUGGCAGAAAAGAUGGCACAAUGGGCAAGUGGUUCCAGGUUCGAGCAGACCUCCGCUGUGAUCAUGUUACCUGAUGAUUGUACAGUAGGCUUUAUAGUUGAGAGGCGUCUGGGAAUCUCAAUGGUCCAUAGCAACAUGUUCCACUCUCAUCUGGAAAACCUACUUCUUCUUGCCCCUAGCGAUAUCCCAAAACAGGUGACUCUCAGCUAUGGAUGGUUCGAGAAUAAAAUGAACAGUGUUGAGCUAAAAGGAGUUUUUACCAAAGAUGAAGAUCCGUCCAGGUUCAGGACAGUCCAUUGUCUUCUGUAUCCUACAACAAGUUGGUGCCCUGUAGCCCUCAAAAGCGCCUUGUCAUGGGAUCAACAUGUUCUCCCUUGAUGCAAUAGGCUAAAUGGACAAUAAUCAUGUAUAAUGUGAGAUUUUCAAUGGAUAGUGUCCUUACAAAACACUGGCGUUUUGUAAAGUCCAAGAAGCCAACAAUAGCCGAAAGCACUGCAUGUUGGUCAAACGAGGAAACUGAGAAACCUCAACCUUUAACUGAGCCAACAUUGUUAUUAAAAUUGGAAGUGUAACUUCUGUCUACAUGCUGCACAUUUUAGUUAUUAUAUGAUCAUCUGAUUCCUUGAAUACUUAAUAUAUUUGUAAUUAUUAAAUAACACAUCUCUGUCAAUGCACUAUUUGUUUGUAAGUGUAAAAUGCUUUUAAAUCACUUAACUUGAUGAAUUUGUUUUGAAAAAUUUCAAAUCAAAAGAUUUCGAAACAGUAAUCAAAUUUGUUUCUUUCUAUUAUCACUCGAAUUUUUGUAUUUGCACUGUAGCAUUUUGAUUACUGUAAUAUAUUUGUACUGUAUGAUUUAUACCAAGCACUUAAGUGGAUAUCCAAUAAAAUAUGUUUUGAGAUUUUGUACAGUUUUAGAUAAAUAAAAGGUAUUUUCCUGCA